UGUCAAACUGUUAUUUAUUUUUGUGUAGGCAAGUGAAGCUUGAAUUACGUUAACUGUAAUCCGUUUUUUUUUCGAUUAAAAAAGUAUUAUCCAUUCAGUUAUCAUUAUUCAUCACACAAAAUGAGCCGCCGCCGGACGAAAGCACCCGACUACGAGGACGAGGACAGUAUCAUUGCGAUUAGUUCUAGUGACGAUGCGCAAGCCACACAACGUUCAACGGAUUCGCCUGUACGCCAACUUCGUCAGAGAACAACAGUUAAUAAGCAAGUACUUAGUUCCGAUGGCGAUUGUGAUCGGGACCCGGACCCACCGACAGACCGAAGACGGUCAACGCGCCACCGAUCACCGACCAAACGUUACACACAAGAUUACGUACCGGACACCCGAAAACGACGUACCCGACAAGUCACCAAUCAAAGCGAAGAAAGUGAUGACCCCGACUGGGUCGGUUUAGAUUCCGAAGAAGAAAACCAACUGGACGAGUUGGCGGGAAAAGUGAAAGCCACCACCCUGUUCGAGGAGCGAGAGGAUGUCGAGGGACAUCGAAUCUACGGUUUCAAAACACCGAAGAAGCGCGGGUCGAUGAAUGUGCUUGUUUCCAGCGUCCACCAGAAGACCCCAAGUGGAACACCCAGCCGGGGGGCUAUCAGCAAGCUGGCGAUGACACCGAAAACACCCGGGGGAACACCAUCGACGGCUAGGAGGAAGAGUAUGGCCGCUUCCAAGACACCUCAUCGGGACAGAAGCAAGCUGAAAAAGAAUAUUUCCAAAAUCGUUCGAGAUGAAUCCGGAUCCGACUUUUCAGCGAGUGAAAGUGACUAUGUUCCAUCGUCCGACGAGGAUGGCGAUGACGACGUUGAUGAUGAUAAUAAUGACAACAGUAGCGAGGAAGAAAGUUCAGAAGAAGAUACGAAACCGAAACGUCCCGUAAUAAAGUCUCAACCGGCCACUAUUAACAUUAUUCCAGGAAAAACGAUUCCAAUUAGCAGCCAAGCUCAACAGGUUGGUAUGCGUACCCGGAAUCGCGGCCAAAAGAAGACUGAUCUGCAGUACGUACUGCAGAGCGAUGACUAUUUUGCCACUCACAGCAACUCAAAAGUUAUCACCUCGGAUCAUACAUUAGAUCGACUGAACACGCCUCGACUACCCCACGAUCAGUUGUUCCGUUUGCUCAGAGAAUUACGUGGCUCGACCGAACACGAAAAAUCGAUUCAGGAGCUGCACGAAGAAUACGAAAGCUAUUUUGCCAAGUGGCUGUUUCUAAUGAACGAAGGUUUCAACAUUCUCCUCUACGGAUUGGGUUCCAAAAGAAAUCUGCUUCAGGCAUUUCAUCGGAAAGUUCUUGCUAAUCAACCGGUUAUCGUGAUUAAUGGAUUCUUUCCGACCCUGACCGUGAAAGAUGUUCUGGAUGCCAUCACGGGAGACAUUCUGGAUUUGAAUGUUCACAGCGGCAACUUUCACGAACUGGUCGAUAUCAUCGAGGAAGAGUACGGUUACCUUCCGGACACACACCUGUUCCUGAUUGUGCACAAUCUGGACGGGACGAUGCUACGGAACAGUAAAGCACAAAACGUGCUGGCACGGUUGGCCAAAAUCGAUAACAUUCAUCUGUUGGCCUCUAUUGAUCACAUCAAUACUCCUCUCAUCUGGGACUCAUCCAAUCUGAGUUACUACAACUUUUCCUGGUGGGACGUAACGACGAUGCUACCGUACUCGGACGAAACGGCGUUCGAGAAUUCUUUGCUAGUUCAAAAUUCCGGCGCACUGGCCCUCUCGUCGAUGAAGAACGUGUUCAAAUCGUUGACUAGCAAUUCGCGUGGCAUCUUUCUGGUUAUCGUUAAGUAUCAGCUGGCGAACAAGGGUAAUCCGCACUAUCCGGGGAUGCUGUUCAAGGAUCUGUACGGGAGCUGCCGGGAGGCGUUCCUGGUCAGUACGGAUUUGGCGCUUCGCGCUCAGUUGACGGAGUUUAUCGAUCACAAGUUGGUGCGGGUGAAGCGGACCGUGGAUGGAGCGGAGAAUCUGUUGAUUCCGAUUGAGUCCGGUUUGUUGGAUCAGUUUUUGGAGGAGAAUGAUGGGUAGGGUUUUUUGGAAUGUGCGUGCAUUGUUUAGUAAAAAUAAUUUAUUGGUUUUUAAUUUGCUCUUGAGGUUAUGUUCGAUAGAAGAACUAAAUACAUCACCCAAUAAUCCACCUGA